AUGGCUCACAGCGACUCUGAAGGAGAAACUAUCGAUGACCUCGAAUUCGAUACAAGAACUACAGAUGGCGAUGCUGAAGAAGAGAACGAUAUCGACGAGGAUCUUCUGGCAAUUCACCCUAAUUACAUUCCCGGUAGCUUUUCACAUUUUGUGUGCACACUGCAGGACUCCCCUUCGGACGACUCAGAAGAUGACGAAGACGACGAAGAUGAGUCAGAGCCUCCUGCUGAAGUCCAUCUAGGUGGAACCUCUUCGUCGUCUGUCGCCGUUGUCCAACCAGAUGUCAGUAAAUCAGCUUCGGUUUCACCCAAACCGCCAACCCCUGAACCACCCAAAGUGGAAGCAAUAGGUGCCAUACCCCACCCGGUGCCUACACAUGCACUUGCUUCAUCCUUCUGCAUGACACACCUCCUUACCGGUUCGGAUGACGGAUUUAUUCGUGACUACGAUAUAUUCGCCACCGUAAAUGGCAAGACCACACUAACAGCACCGCAGAGACACCACUGCAACGUCGUCGAGGGAAAUAUGAAAGCCGGUCAGAUACGAUCUUGGUGGGAAAACCCAGAUUUUGUUCCUCAAUCGGGGUACCCUCCGAUGGGUCAUUCUUCUCCAUGCCCCGUUUAUAGUCUAGCAAUGCAUUCCGACGCAAUUUGGGCUCUAGGAGGCGCUAACCGUGGCCACAUCAAUCUCUUUACAGUACGACAUGAUCCGGGCCGUUUGGUUCAUGUCCUGGCGAACGGACACCGAGGACCUAUAUCAGCUCUUUCCAUUGAUCAUGACGAGAAAGGCUUCUUCAGCGCGGGAUGGGAUGGUGAAGCUACUCAAUGGGAUUUGAAUACCGGGCAAGGUAUCCGAAGGUUCACUGCCCACGGCGCGCAGCUUGUUGCUAUUGCUGUUCGACCGCUCGGUUCCCCAUACUAUUCCGACCCUGUAUCCUCCGCGGGAAGCUAUGGUUCCUACUCGGUAUCACAACCUAUCAGGGAGAAUGAUAUUUCCAGGGCGGCCAACGCGGAGCCACCGAUCGCUACCACUGACGCUCAAUUCAAGCAAUCACCCAGCGUUUCUAUUGAUCCUCUUUCAAACCACAAAAUGCAAGACGCAGAUGCUAAAUCUGAUGCAUCUUUUGAUCCCCUAUUUGAUGGUGAACCGGAUGCUGAUGGUGAAUUUGACAACGAGAAUCCGCCUUCUGACGAAUUCGGGGCGUUACGUUCUCAGGUUCCACAAAGGGACGGCUCGGCUGCGGACAACAAGUUGAACCUGGCCGUUCCUGAGGUGGCACCUCACUCUGGCCAGCAGGUAUCGCGAUCGCCUCAAAGCUCUGUUGCGCCUCCAAAAAAUGCUCCGCCUUUGCUAAAUGCUUCCAAUAGUGCAACGUUUUCUCCAGAUAUUUUAAUGAUUGCUGCAAUCGACGGGCAGAUCAUGCUUUGGGACAAAAGAGUUAAUUCACAAGGAACAGGUGUAGGAAGACUUUGGAUGAGUGAGAAAACUCCACCAUGGUGUGUUUCUGCUUGUUGGUCCACGGACGGGUCGCAUAUUUACGCUGGGCGCCGAAAUGGAACAGUUGAUGUUUGGGAUGUCCGACUGCUCGGUUACUCUGGGCCGAAUUGCACACCAAGACUACUGAAAAGUCUUCGCAAUCCACCGAGUUCGGGUGUUGUCUCUUGUGUGGUGCCCUUCCCUGAUGGCCGCCACAUCGCAUGUGCAUCGACAGACAAUAUCCGUUUGUGGAAUGCCGUAGAGGCAGGUGAAGUGGACGGAAGUAUGAAAUCAAGGGGUGGAGUCCAAUUCAAGAUAAUUCCAGGUCAUCACGGGGGCUAUGUUUCUCAGAUGCUUGUAGAUCCGGGUGGUCGUUUCCUUGUGAGUGCUAGCAGUAACCGUGGGUGGCAUGGGGAUUCCACGCGUACCGUAUUUGUGCAUGACAUCAAGCCAAUACGAUAA